AUGGCAAUGUAUACAUUGUAUGCUCUUUAUUUUGCUAUUUUCGCCAUCUUGGCUUCAGUACUUUAUCUCAUUUGUGGAAGGUAGGCUGUUCACUUUUGGGUAGAAACUACUAGUUUGACAAAUGAAAUUUUUUAAUUUGUGAAGUCAGGUGAAAAUUAUGUUUGGGGAUAGUUGUGUUUUAAUACUAACGAAAGGUGUAUUUAGGAGAAGAGUUGUAUCUUACAUUACGCUUUUUGGCAUGUUUUAAUGGUGUAAAAAUACAUCCAGAAAGACGUUCGAUUAAAUUUAACAUCUAAAAUAAAAGGUUUAACAUAAUUUCUCACUCUGGAAACUGCAGGUUGACCAUAAUAUAAACUCGAACGGUUUAUGCCAGCCUUGGCAACGACAAAAACACCAGAAAAUUGUGGAUGGAUAAGGAUUGAGCUACAUGAAAAAUACAAAUAAACUUCGGAGUACUUAUAUUUGCAGGUUGUUGAAUUCCUAUCCAUGUGCAGUUUUCUGACUGCAUUCUAUUGCACAAUAGCGCUUGGUGAAGUCUAUCUGGGUAUAUAUUAUAUUGAUUGAUUCAUGAGAAAUUAAUGCUUUAGUUAAUAUGUGUUGUUGUAGAAUUGUAGCAAGAUUUCUGGAAUGGUUUGCAAGAAGAUUAUUUAAGGUUGAAAUACAAGUGGAAAGAGCUCAGUUCCUGGCUCUAGGCAGCAUUAAGAUUACCACAGCAGGAACAAGAAUUGUAAGUGAAAAGGUGGCAGAACAAUUAUGUAGCAAUAUUUUGGGCUCAUACAUGGGGGCUUAUAUAUGGACGACAUUUGGUGUCAGUAAUAAUAUUUAUUGUACCUGCAAACUAUAUUGCGAACGCCCAGUAUAUGGAAAGUUUGAUUCUUUUUUAUAUAUUAAAUUUUUGAAAUCUCGGUUGCACAAUUUCCAAACUUUCCAAUCUGGGCGAAUGCAAAGAAAUAUAAACAUACAUAAUAUAUAACACAUAAUGAAACAACUUGGAGCUGUUGUAAUAAGCCCAUGAGCUUAUACGGGGGGGUUAAUUAUAUUUGGGUGCAUGGACUUAUAUUCGGAAGUUUACCGUAUGCGCAUGAUUAUAUUGUCUAGGAAAUUGAAAACAUUGUGCUGCAAACAAAAUGGGGGUUUCCAGGAUCAAGGUAUUAAGAAAACAGUAUUGAUGCAAUUUGUCUAGCAAACUAUAGCACUUGCCCAUAUAUCUAGUGAAACAUUUCAAAGUGUUCCUACAUUGCAGACGCUUUUUUAUGUUAUGUUUUGGACACAUCACCGUCACUGCCGCCAAGAAUGGAGCUCGUGUGAAGGACUUUAAAGACGUCAAUGAGGAGAAGAAACCCAACCCAAAUGGUGGAAAUGGUGCGUACACUACCAGUGGUAUACUGAGCGAUUGUUUACCCACUUAUUUUCAAUAAAUUUCAUAACAAAGUUAGUAUAUUUUAAACAGGGGCAUAGCCACAGGGAGGGUGGGGCAUCCACCCUCCCCCCCCCCCACACACACAUACACACUUUUUUCAGGACCAGUUUUUGUCUUUAUUUUUUUCAGAUGUGAGUCGAAAUCAAAGACUAGCUGGUAUUGUGAAAUUCAUUUCAAAGGUAGCAUUUGUUUAAUUAUAAUGUGUUGGCAUUUCAAAUGAGAAUGAUUAAUAUGAGUAUUGAAGGAAAUAUUUGUAUUUUGCAGUAUAUGGGUAUUUAUCUGCACUCACUGGAUGUCAUUCUCACGAAUCAACCAAGAUCAAAAUUUAAUAUUAUUGUACAAGUUGUGAAAGGCAUUAAUAUCGUAUGUCAGCCAAAUGAAAGGUAUUGUACGUGAUGUACACAUCAGGGAAACAUAGCACUUUUGGAUGGGCAGAUUGAUAAUCCUGCCUAGGUCCUCGUUCGAGAUUUUACUGUUUUUGUUUCCAAUGGCCUUGUUUUCAUGUGCGAGUAUUUUUUCCUUGGUUCUAGGUUUUUAGACUUCUCUGCGAGAGCAACAAAAUGUGUUUCAAGUUUACAUCAAGCAAAGGAGGUACGCAUGUGGGAUGAAUGUGGAUAAAAAUGAACAAAAACAGACAAAAAAUAUACAAUGAUUGCUUUUCAAUUGUGGUUUAGAUUGAGACUGACUAUUUUCAAGAUGUCACCCUUGCGGAAGUUUCUCUCAACAUUUUACUUGAAGGUUCUUUGAAUCCAGUGAUGUCAGAACAAAUUUUGGUAAAAACAGAUUCUUACUAUUCGCUGUAGUUCACUUAUUUCCCUUUUUUGUGGAAAUUGCAAAAUUGGAACUAUUAGACCUAACCCUAAGUUAAUUAUAACUAAUUCACAAGCCCAUUAAUCCUUCACUGCCCUGCUAAAAGCUUCUCCAAUGUUUAUUACCUAAUUCAUUUUCAUGAACCCCCAAUCUUAGAGGUGAUAGGCGCUUGUUCUGAUGACCGUGUUGACAUUACUCAUUGUGUUUUCCUUUUUCUCACAAUAUUAGGAAGAUCUGAGCAUAAAAGUGAACCCUAUUCGAAUUUCUCUUGGAGACAGUAAGUAUAAAUAUUCAUAGUAUAAAAAUCUGCACAUAGAAAUAUGUACAAGCUUAAAAUGCGAAGUUCAUCUGAGAUUUUAAACAUUUCGUUGCUUAAGCGUAUAAAUUUCCAUUUUUUUCAGAUUUAAUAAAAAACCUACCGCAACUCCAUGAUACGAGCAAGAAACUCCAUUCUUUAACUGGUAAAAUAAUGCCUUAUGUUUCUACUGGAAAAUUUUAAAUCUUUCUAAAUUUUAUAUAAGUAUUAAUUUCCUCAACUCAUGCACUUUGAAUCACACACAUAACUAAAUGAUUCCCUUUUAUUCAUUUAGUCGAAAUAGAUUUAAGCUUUUCUGUGCAUAUUACGUAUAUAUAUGAAAAACAUGUAACUGGGAAACAGCCCUAAGACAUAAUAGUGAAGAUGCAGAUAAUUUAAUAAAUAGUGGUUGUGUUCUUUUUGUAAAUAAACGUUUACAAUUAUUAUUCAUUAUGUUCAAUUUCGUUUCUUAUCACAGCGACAGGAGAAGAAAGCAAAUCAACGAAAUUAUCCAAGUAUUUGCCAAAGGUAUCAGAUUCACCUGCAGUCGUGUGCUGCAAAUAUGCUGCUCUUCAUAGUAUACCAGCUAAAUGUGUACAAUAGAAAAUAUCGGUGGUUUUUAAUGCAAACUAUGUUUCUCAAGCAUAAACAAUGUUUGGUAUUGCAGAAUUUUGAUCUGAUAUUUACUGAAGUGGAUCUUUUUGUUUGUGAUGAAGAACAAAGGUAUGGAAACUUAUGGUGUGCUUACUGCAUUGAGGACUUUGAUCAACUAUGAACUGUCUGUAGAAGUUACAGACCAGCUUGCCUUACGUCAUCUCACUUACUGAAACGCAAGUUCGUUUAGGUUGCCAAAGUUUUCUUGUGUACUUUUCAGGGAACUGUCAAUUCAUACGAACAAUCUAAGUUUUACAGCAUCAUUGCAGGACAAAUCCUGGUGGAUGAUUAAAACAAUGCUGCUACUAAUUAAUGGUAUUCAGCUUAAGUCAAUAUAGACGGUUGUCGAAUGGACAACUUGCAUGUUAGACUUCUAAAUUUUAAUCUAAGUAAAGAGAAGGGAAUCAAACACCACUGCCAAAAACAACAUAAUGGAAUUAGUAAAAUUGCAAGAUUUGGUUGCGAAAUUAUUUAAAGCUUGGAAAAUAUGGUCGUGCGCAUUUCGUAACCAAAUUUUGCAAUUUUACUAAUUUUAAUAAGUUCUUUACAGGAAUUUACUUUUUUUGCCUAGAUAAAAAACUAGUCUAACCUGCAAGUUGUCUAUUGUUGAAAGGAUUUGUGGAUUCCCAGAUUGGAUUCCUACCAGAGAGCCUAUAUACGUACAUAGUUACAGUACAUGACAGGUUGAAAGUAUUGUAGUGGAAAACAGUUUUAACUCUCUUGACGAAUGGGGUUUGGUUUAUUAAGGUUUAAAAGUUAAAGCCAGAAGUUCCAAAGAUCUUAUGUCAUUCAGCAAGUUCAUGUUAGAUAUUAAGGUAAAUUAUAACAGAUUGUAGGAUAACUCGAACGCAUAAAUAAUUAAUGAGCGCUAAGCAGAGGAAAUCACAAUAGCAUAGAAUUUUGUCAACUCUUAAAAUACUUAUUUUUGAAUUUGAGAGAAAUUCACAAAUGAAUUAGUAUUUUAAGAAUUUAAGAGAGUUUCACAUCGGUGCAUGAGUAUGGCUUGUUCACGACCACCGAGACCAAAUGGAAACCGGAGUUUAAGUUUAACUUAGCUGUGAAAAGCAAGGUGCUGUCCUCACGCGUUACACAUUGCAUGCUUAAAAAUAAUUAUUGCCAGUUUGUAAACGGACUAUGCCGUUCUCUAGACGCAGAAAUCUGAGUCGGAUUUGCCCAGUUUAUUGUCCAAUAUCUCUCUCGCAUCCUGUCAAUGUAACUAUGUCCAUGACGAAAUUUCACAUUGGCUGGCACUCUUGCCCCUGGAGAAACGAGAGAUAGGGAGUGGCGAAAAACAAAGGUAUGUCUUGUGUGUGUGACUCUGUGGUACUCGAUCUACAGUACGCAAAAACUCCCUUUUCAAAUGCCAGAACUCCCGUUUCAAAUAACAAAACACACUUUUCAAAUGGCAAAACUCCGUUUUCAAAUGCCAGAACUCCCUUUUCAAAUAGCAAAACUCCCUUUUCAAAUGGCAAAACUCCCUUUCCAAAUAGCAAAACUCCCUUUUCAAAUAGCAAAACUCCUUUUUCAAAUAGCCAAACUCCCUUUUCAAAUAGCAAAACUUUCGUUUCAAAUAGCAAAACUCCCUUUUGAAAUGACAGAACUCCCUUUUCAAAUAGCAAAACACCCUUUUCAAAUAGCGAAACACCCUUUUCAAAUAGCAAAACUCCCUUUUCAAAUAGCAAACUCCCUUUUCAAAUAGCAAAACACCCUUUUUAAAUAGCAAAACACCCUUUUUAAAUAGCAAAACACCCUUUUCAAAUAGCAAAACACUGUUAUCAAAUAGCAAAACCCCUUUUCAAAUAGCAAAACACCCUUUUCAAAUAGCAAAACAUCCUUUUCAAAUAGCAAAACAUCCUUUUCAAAUAGCAAAACAUCCUUUUGAAAUAGCAAAACAUCCUUUUCAAAUAGCAAAACUCCCUUUUCAGAUGGCAAAACUCCCUUUUCAGAUGGCAAAACUCCCUUUUCAGAUGGCAAAACUCCCUUUUCAAAUAGCAAAACUCCCUUUUCAAAUAGCAAAACUUUCUUUUCAAAUAGCAAAACUCCCUUUUCAAAUAGCAGAACUCUCUUUUGAAAUAGCAGAACUCUCUUUUCAAAUAGCAAAACUUUCUUUUCAAAUAGCAAAACUCCCUUUUGAAAUAGCAGAACUCUCUUUUGAAAUGGCAGAACUCUCUUUUCAAAUAGCAAAACACCCUUUUCAAAAUGCCACAACUCCCUUUUCAAAUGGCAGAACUUCGUGACCACGUGAAAGUUUGAGUGUAGACUAAUUUGAGCAGGAAAAAUUCAAUUCCGGUCCAUUUGUACCAAAUAUUAAGACCAAUAACGCUUUUUGGAUGGGCGUCUUGACGGCGUUGAAUUGUUCAAAGAAACAUUUUUUUCUGUUUAUGUAGUUUCUUAACCACACUUGCAAAGCUAACAAAGGAAUACAGUUUUGAGAAUAAUUUGGAAGUAGAUGAUAUGACUGUGUGCCUGACUGAGAAUUUAUCAAACGGGCAAGAUAAACCUGUUUGCAAAGCCGUUUUGGCUUCUCUCGUCACGAAUAUUCAAUUGCCAGCACAAGGUAAAAAUAAUCUGAAUGUUAUGGAGUAUAUUAUUUUGGUCAUUUUUAAUUUUCAAAUACACUUAAAUUUCAGAUCUGCUGCAGACUACAGAGACAGUAACGUAAGUACAGGAAUAGAAUAUUAUAUAAUAACUACAGUGAAACACGCAAUUUGAUUGGUCAAUAGCCGUGCAGGAUCAGGCUAUCCUGCACGAGGAAUUAAAAUGCCUUCGCGGGAUUCUCAAAAUGUCAUUGUUUCACUGUAGUUAUUUUAGAAAACAAUUACCAAAUGGUUUUCCAAGCAGGAUAGCGUGAUCCAUGCACUUGGGAUGUUGCUCGACUUUCGGAAAGCGUAAAAAUACACUCGCCUGCGGCUCGAGUAUUUUUACGCUUUCCGAAAGUCUCGCGACAUCCCUCGUGCAUGGAUCACGCAAUCCUGCACGGAAAACCAUUCGGUAUUCCUUAACGAUGAAUUAACCAUUCUUGCACCAAACGACCUUCUCCGUCACUUUGGGAUGGCACUGUGUAGCAAUGAAGGAUGACAACUUGCUGAAAACAGCCGCACUUUAUAGCCACAAAUAGUGCCCAAGCACGUUAAACUACACAUUCCUCAAUUCUAUUCAUUUGCCUCCAAAUAGAAUACUAUACAUAUAAUGGAAAGAGCUUCUCACUGCUGAGUUUGACCGCCGUUUAGUAGUAUGUGUAUUAUAGUGAAACCUGUCUAUUCAAUAGUUGAAGUAAAGUUUUGUUUUUUUAGUUGCUCAGCAAGGCUGGAAAAUGCCUAUGUUUAUUUCAAUGUCACAGACGCUGAAACAGUUGGUAUAUGGCUUGAGGAUAAUCCCACGGUCUUACCAAGUAGUAGGAAACACUUGUGGGGUCGAGUUUUAGAACUUGGCAGUUCAAGCAUCAAGGUUUUUGACGUUCACGUUAUUUAUACUCCAUAGAUCUUAACAGUUCUAAACUGUUCUUCCUAUAGAGUUAAAGUAAGAGUCAGCUCUUAUUGAUCCAGUGUUACUACAGGAGGAAACCUAAACUAAAUGACUUUAUUUAUACUGGAUAGCUCUAUCAGUUCUAAACUGUUCUCCCUAGAGGUCCAGUAAGAGUCAUCUCUUAUUGAUCCAGUGUUACUACAGGAGGAAACCUAAACUAAACCAACGAGCACACCUCCUAAACUCAAUCUUUAUUCCAAUCUUAAUUUUAAUCUCUCCAGUGUGACAUUGAGCUAGAGGAUUCGACUGCCUCAAAGGUAGUCAUGAAAUGUGACGCUUCGUCGUUGGUAUUCGAAUAUUCCCAGCACACGAAGAAUUGUCUGGCAGCUUUAUUGCAGACGGGAGAGAUGUAUAAACGUUUGCAGACACGAAAAUCUGGGAGUGAAAUAGAACAAAGUUCCAACAAUAUUAGUACGUAUAACAUAAUAAACUAGACUAACUUUAUUUAUACUGGAUAGCUCUAUCAGUUCUAAACUGUUCUUUCCUAGAGGUCCAGUAAGGAUCAUCUCUUAUUGAUCCAGUGUUACUAUAGGAGGAAACCUAAACUAAACUAACUUUAUUUAUACUGGAUAGCUCUAUCAGUUCUAGACUGUUCUCUCUAGAUGUCCAGUAAGGAUCAUCCUUUAUUGAUCCAGUGUUACUACAGGAGGAAAUCUAAACUAAACUAACUUUAUUUAUACUGGAUGGCUCUAUCAGUUCUAGACUGUUGUCCAUACUAUUUUCCAUGGUAUAUUUGUUUGUUUGUAGUGUCUCUCGAAUGCGACGUAACAGUUCAUGAUAUCAAUAUAUUUUGUGUUGGAAAAUGCCAAGGUAAACAACACGUUGUACAAGAAUGUAUUGGAGGCACAAAACGAAAUUUAUAUAUUUUAUAUGACGUUGUGUAGAUGGUGUGGAUUCAGUUCUUGCUCGACUGGACGUGGUAUCUGUGACCAAAGGGGAAGAUGAUGUGCAAAUAGGAGCACAUGGUUGUAAAGUUGCAAGACUUACAGAAGUUAAGAAGGUAUAAAAACAACGUUUUUUCUCUGUUACCGAGCAGUGUUGGUUAAGCUUGGUUUAAACUAUCAAAGUUUCUGCGAUCACAGUAGGAAUUUUGCAUGCGUAAAUUCUAAGUUUUGAAGGAUUUGUAAGAAAUGUUUGAGGGAAAUGAGUCAUUGUUAAGCACUAACUCAUUUCCCUCAAACAUUUCUUACAAAUCCUUCAAAACAUAGAAUUUACCCAUGCAAAAUUCUACUGUGAUCACAGAAACUUUGAUAGUGUAAACCAGACUUUAGACGGUGCUGUAUUUACUGUAGUUUUUAAACGUUGUUUCAUUUAGGAAGCGUACGGUUGCGCUACGUCGUCUGACCUGCAUCAUAGUUUAUUGACAGUCACCUCAGCUGUAACACGUCUUAGUUCGAAGGUAAGUUUUACAAAGUGUGUUUGCACGAGGAUGAGAGUGUGAGGAUGAAAGUGCAUGAGAGUUGUCACGCGAUCUUGGUCAGCUGUUCUUAAUGCUUUCCCAACACUAUCAUGUAUUUUAUUGAAGUUGAAACAUAGUUGGAACAUUCAUCAAACCUUUAUUUCGUUAAUCUAAAGCUUGAAAUGUCCCCUGUGCCAAUGCGUGACUAUCAACUCUCAUCAAAAUUUGACCAGCUCAAAGUUGAUGAGAACUACAACUCUCAUCAACUUUCAUCCUCGUUUGACCGAGGCCUUAUGGACCAGAGGUUUGCACAAUAAAUAAACAUGGUGGUUUCACAAACAAUUCUCUGAUAAAUACGUUUCUUCGACCAACAGGGGACGACGUUGUCACUUCCUAAUAUCAAGGUUGAUUGGGACAUAGCUUCACACAUGGCUGUACAUGAUAGGAUAUCAAGGAUCAUUGAUGAUAGCAAGGAAUUAAAAGGUAGUCUGUUUAUCCUUUAACUAACCUUGUCGGCGAGGUUUUGUUAUGUGUAGGGGUUGUUUUGGUAUCCCGUAAAACGAUUAAUCUAGGAAUUAAUCUUCAUUUAUAAUUUAUAUAAAUAUAAUAAAUUAAUCUUGUUUAAUUAUCCCUAGCCAUUCUUGCUGAUUCCACAAAAGAUUCAGAAGUCACGGAUGAUUUCAUGUCAAAUGUUCAACUUGAAAUCACAACGGAAGAUGUUGCCAUUGAAAUGAAGACAUCUUCUGUAAACAGGUAACGAUUUUAUGUCAGACAUUGCUUACUCUCCCCAGCUCAAUAGGGGCCAACCUUGCAAACCCGGGCCAACCUCGCUAACAGUUGAUAGAAGCGGACAAAUGAGGUAACUGCUGCUUUGUAGGUUUUCUUCAAAUACCAAUUUAGUAUUUUCAACUUGUGUAGUUUUGGCGUGCAGUUUUCUGGAGUGAUAAAACUGGAUGAAGGAUGGAUAGCUGCAGAAUCACCCAAUGUCGAUAUUUUGUUUGACGAAAAGACAAUUUUUCAAUUUAAGGUAUAUUUAAACUUUAGAUGUUGCUUAUCUUGAAGAAUAUACACUACCAUGGUGAAGAUUGAACCGUUGCGUCCCCAUUUUUAGGCAUUUUCCCUAAAGAAAACGGCAAACAAUUCUGAUGCUACUUCUGUGAGGAAUACGAUGGAAGGUUUUGAGUCCAAUACAAACAAAAUGUGGUAUGUUGUUGUUGUUGCUGUUGUUGCUGUUGUUGUUGAUGUUGUUGCUGUUGUUGCUGUUGUUGUUGCUGUUGUUUGCUGCUGUUGCUGUUGCUGUUGUUGUUGUUGUUGUUGUUGUUGUUGUUGUUGUUGUUGCUGUUGUUGCUGCUGUUGCUGAUGUUGUUGCUGUUGUUGUUGCUGUUGCUGUUGCUGUUGUUGUUGUUGCUGUUGCUGUUGUUGUUGCUGUUGCUGUUGCUGUUGCUGUUGUUGUUGUUGUUGUUGUUGUUGUUGUUGUUGCUGUUGUUGUUGCUGUUGUUGUUGUUGUUGUUGCCGCUGUCGUUGUCGUUGUUGUUGUUGUUUGCCACAGUGGGUUAGUCCAUGUGUCUUCACAAAUUACAAUUAUAACUUAUUUUAGGUUACUUGACGCUGAAAUCUACAUACUGUUUCCAUAUCGUUUUGAUUUUGGCAAAUCUUUGGACAAACUUCUUAUUGUUAAUAAAAUGUUGAAACAAUUGUACAGAAAACCAAGUAUUGGUAUGAAAGAUCCUCUUUAUGCCGACUUAUGGCUGAAUUUGAGGGUAGGUCGAAUGCCCGCCAUGUUAUGUACACGUUUCUCAAACUCAUUUAUAAUUCAUGAACAAAACAGAAAGGAAACCAGCAUCGUAUGACGAUUCAUGUCGGUUGUCUACUCUGAAACAAUCAACCUUGUAGGUUUUAAUGAAAAAGUUCGCCUCACAUUUCCUUGUCUUUGUAAUUCGGUGAUUUAUUAAUAUUUUUUUAGAAAUUGUCUUUCGAAAUUGAAGAUGAUCCUUUUGAAGUGAAACUUGGUAAAAACUACGAGGUAUGGUACAGUGGUGAAGCUAGUCAUGGCAACUGGUCAUGCUAUGGUAAGAAUACUGCAUCUAAAUGAAUAAUGCAAAUAUUGAAAAUUUGCAUAACAUGAUCUGUUGCUCUGGCUAGCAUCGCUAUUAAUGUAUGGUAAUAAAAUAAAGUUGGACCUUUAAAUGCAAGAUUGGAUAACCGUUUACAUGCAUUUCUUGUACAAACUUCAGCUGUUGUGUGACGAAGCUUUAGAGUGGACUGCGAGAGAAAUAUUGUUGGAUGAAAGAAUCAGCGAGAAGAAAAAAAAUCCUGGAAACAUGUUGUCAGGUUAGUUUGGUUUGUCACAAAAUCAACCAACCUACCAAACAUGACAAGUACUGAUUGUUUCUGUGUUGGUGUAAUAUACUCAGGUGAAUAUGAUGCUUGUGAUGUUACUCUGAGUGUAUAUCCACACCGGGCAAGCUUGAAAAAUAUGCCUGACCACGGUGGGAAUCGAACCUACGACCUUUGGAAUGCUAGCCCAAUGCUCUGCCAACUGAGCUACGCGGUCUGGUCGGUCAUGAUUAUUAGAUUACAUUGAUAUCGAAGGAACUAGAUUCUGUUCCGAAAUAUCACAUACUCGAACCGACCUGACCGCGUAGCUCAGUUGGCAGAGCAUUGGGCUAGUAUUCCAAAGGUCGUAGGUUCGAUUCCCACCGUGGUCAGGCAUAUUUUUCAAGCUUGCCCGGUGUAGAUAUACACUCAGAGUAACAUCACAAGCAUCAUGACAAGUACUAUUUGCGUACCCUAGUUUGGCCUGUUGUAGCAACACUGGUUCGAUGAGAGAUGUUCCUUAUUGGACUUAAAACUGAUAGAGCUAUCCAGUAUAAAACCGCUCAUAAUUUCAACGUUGCUUUUAGACAAGAAAGUCGAUAAUCUCUACGAAAGUUUGAGAGAAAAGAAAUCAAAAAUCUACAUCGAACGAUCUGUGGUGAGCAAUUCAAAGUUUAAACUUUAAAAACAACUCUAGGAUUCUGAUGGUUUGAGAGAAGGCCUUUCGUCAUCACUACUGUAUUACUACACUAAUUUCGUAUUCUCGUGUUUGGCAUUCAAUCUCCUGUCUAAAAUUACAGAAAAACAAUCUGAAAGCAAUCUCAGGUUUUUCAUUUUUGCUUUUAGAAAUUGUACGAAGCAGACAAACGGACUCGACUUUGUUGUUGGGAGUUUUCGGAUGUAAAUUUAAUGAUUCUCGCAGAUGAAUCUAUGAAUGGGCCAGAUAAAGUUGUACCUGCGAUAAAACGAAUUGAUAAUGAGAGGUAUACGUGUACAAUUUGCCUUUGUGAGCAAUGCUCGAUUCCUACGAAAGUUUACUUUAUUUAG